AUGUCAAGUUUACUCUAUAACAAUAAUAAGGAUUUCGAACCUUCGAGACCAUUCCCUCUUUUUAAAUUACCUGAUGAAUUAUUAUUUGAAGUAUUUUCUCAUUUAGCACAACCAGAUAGAUUAAACGUUACAGUUUUAAAUAAAAGAUGUUAUAAAGUCGCUACAAAAUUAAUCUAUAGAAGAAUAUAUUUAAAUGAUUCAAAUGUGGUUCGUAGUGAUUAUAUUAAUAUUGCAAUAAAUUGGACUCUAUUAAAUAUACCGUCAUAUUUAGAAGAACAGGAUUCAAGAGAAAUUGCGAAUAAAAAAUUGAAAUUAUUGAUACGUGCAUUUAUGACAAAUAAGAGUACUUUAGAAGCCGUUCAAUGGAUACGAAUAAACUGGGAUUUAGAUGAAGAUUUACAAAGAAAGAUAUUAUCCUUGCUAUGUUCAGAUGGUAUAUCCUUACAACGGUUGGAGAACGUCACGGAUCCGAUGUGUAAUGAUAUUAUUGCCAAUGGUGAAGUAUCUGCAAAACAUUUAACAAGUAUGGAUAUGGCUCCACCACAUUCAUUACCUGAAUUAGAUGUUCCACGAGAUUAUAUUCCAAAUUUAAUUACUUAUUUAGAUAAACGAAUCUCAACAAAUUUAUCACAUAUGACAUUAUUCAUUGAUCCAGUAAGAUUAUUCAAUUAUUUAUAUCAUUUGAAAGAAAAAUUGACUAUAGUGGAUUUAAAAUUACAUUGGAGAAGAGAAUUUUAUCCUUCAAAAUAUUUUAAUGAAAAUAAUGUGAGAAUACCUAAACUAAAGAAAUUAAAUGAAAUAUUCGACGUAAGAACUUUAAAGACGUUGACAAUUAUAUCAUGGAAUGAAUCCCUUAUUUCAAGAGAAAUUGAAAUGAUGAAAGAAUUUAAGGAAUUUAUUUAUCUGGAGGAUCUUUCAUUGAUUUCGAUAAAACAAGAUAUUGAUAUUCUUAUUGACUUGUUUAAUAAAUUGGUCAAUUUAAAAAGAUUAAAAAUGGAUUUCUUAGAAGAUUAUAUUCCAGAAACAACUAAUCCACAAAUUUUCUUAUCGAUUUUAUUAUGUUGUAAAAAAUUAGAAUUUAUCGAUAUUCGAUUCGAAGGAAUUGAUUCACCAAUUAUUAACUUAGUUGGGGAGAAAUUCGAAAUAUCACAAAAAUGUUCAUGUAGUAAAUGUAAUUUUACAUUCAAUGAAAUCCUAAGGAAAAAGAUUUUCCUAUUUCCAAUUGAUUAUUAUUUAAGUGAUGUUCAAGAUAUUGCAGCAAAGGAUAUCUUUAAAAUGAUGAGAUAUUUAUCAUUGUUACCUUACUCUAAAGCUUGUGAUUCUUAUCCAAGUGUUCGUACCCAACCAAUGAAUUUAGAAGCUUUUGUCAAGAAAAUGAAUGAAAAUUUAAUCACUUAUAGAGGAAAUAGAAAACAAUUAUUAGCUCCAGAUAAAAAUAAAAUUGUGAAUGUUAACAAUAGCACGGUUUCGAGUGCAAACUCUAGUAAUAGCAACACAGAGGGUGGCAGUGGUAAUAGUAGUCUUAAUACUAAUAAUAACAUUGAUGAAGAUUAUGAUAUGGAUCUGGAUUUAGAAAAUGAAAUUGAUAUUGAAUUGGAUAUUGAUAAUAUUUUAGGACAAGUAUCGAAUCAACAACAGAAUCACACAAGCGAAAAUAAUACAGAGACAACAGCAACUAUUAAUACCGGUGGAAUCGGAGAUGUUCAUGGUUCCGCGUCGACUUCAGAUACAUCAACUUAUACUGAAAAUUUAUUAAGAUUACCUCAUAAGCCAUUAACAAAGAACGAUGUCAUUCUGUUGUAUCAUACAUUGAUCCAUCAUUUCAAGACUACAUAUUAUACAUUCUUAAAGGGGUUCCCACGAUUAAGGUUCCUUAUGUUAAAUGACAUACCCACGAUUACCAUCGAGGAAGGUAAUGAAAGGAUAUUCCAUCCAGUUUUCUACCAUUAUGGUUAUACAUCUAAUUUGCAUGGUUGGUCAAGACAUAGUGCCUCAAAUAAAAAUUCAAACAAGAAUAAUGAUAAUGAUACUGUGACUAAGAGAGCUACCUUCAUAUAA